GAAUAGAAGCCGCCGUGCGCGUCCGCCACCGAACGCCUGAGCAGGCGAUAGGUGCCGACCACCUUGUCGCCGGCGCUGCGGUCGUGGUCGAUCACCAGCAGAUGGUCGGAAUAAGCAUCGAAGCGGUCGAAGUCGCGCUCGCGCGCCGCCAUCUCGCUGCUCGGGUCGGCCGCCAUCUCCUCGUAGAACACGCGGUAGCGCAGCGCCUGGGCGGCGUCCACCUCAGCCGGUGAGCGCGCCAGGCGCACCUCAAGGCUCCCGGCGACGAUCCCGGCCAUGAUGAAAUCAUCGUCGGUCAUGGGCUUCUUCGUGCGUCAAUCCUCGGGUGUUUCCAGCGGGACAGCGUAGAGCUCCAACCGGUGAUCCACGAGCUUGUAGCCGAGCGCCUUGGCGACGGCGGCCUGAAGCGCCUCGAUCUCCUCGUUCUGGAAUUCCACCACCUUGCCCGACGUCAGGUCGAUCAGAUGGUCGUGGUGCUCGUCGGGGUGUUCUUCGUAGCGCGACCGCCCGUCGCGGAAGUCAUGGCGUUCCAGCAGGCCGCACUCCUCGAAGAGGCGGACCGUGCGAUAGACCGUCGCCAGGCUGAUGCGGGGGUCGAUCUCGGUCGCGCGCCGGUAGAGUCCCUCGACGUCGGGAUGAUCCGACGCAUCCGAGAGGACGCGCGCGAUCACGCGCCUCUGUUCGGUCAUCUUCAGGCCGAUUUCGCCGCAGCGCUGUUCCAGCGUGGAUACCGGCAAGUGGUCCCGCUCCUCCUCGAGCGACUCUCUCCGAACAUUAUAAGCCAGGGCGGCCCAAGGCGACCGCCGCUGCCCGGAAUCGGUGCGCGCGGUGGCAAUCGUGACCGGAAUAACCUAGGCUCGGAGCCGAGCCGCGUCACGCGCCCGCCGGCACGGGGCCAUGACCAACCGAAAGCCCAGCGACGACCUAUCGAAGGAGCAGAUCCUGGAGUCGAUCGGCCGGAUCGUCUCGGAGGGCGAGAGCCGCGGGCGGAGCGCGGACGCAGGCGCAGCGACCUUGGCCCCACCUUCGCCCCCGCCCGCGCCCAAGCCUUCCGGGGGCGAUGACGUGCUCGAUCUGGUCGACGUGGUCGACGAGCAGGGCAAUGUGAUUCAGCGAGGACAGGCCGCCGAGGGCGCGCCAGCGUUCUCGUUUCCGCCCUCCGGCGAGCGACCGCCCCGGCCGACCGGCGAAGGCAGCAAGGCCACUGACGAGCAGAUGUUGGAGGCGCUCAGGCCGAUGCUCCAGACGUGGCUCGACACGCACAUGCCGCCGAUCGUCGAGCGCCUUGUACAGCGCGAGCUCGAACGGGCUACGCGCCGCUCCGAGCCCGAGUGA